CAAAGAGGAAUUGCAGGAAGUGCAGCGAGCAGCGCAGUAGGUUAUGUUUUAAUUGAAUAUUGUUGUUGUCGAGUGCUGUUGUUAAAAAAGAGAUACCAGAAGAACUGAAAUGGAGGAACUAUUGGAGGAGGUAAUGACCUGCAUCGCAUCGGAGGAUUGCGAGUCGACCGAGAAGAAGCUGAUGCGAGUCGUCAAGAACAGCUCCGAAUUCAAGGUAAAGAAAUCCGGAUAUUUCGACGACUUGCUCGUCCACAGAGAUAACCGCAUCCUCAGGGUCACGGCUGAUGCCAUAGCGGAACUGUGCAAGGUUCCAGAGAACAGACCUGCAUUCUCUGUGCCAGCAGUCACAAACUCGAUGGUCAAUCUGCUGUCGAACGCAAAUGCUGAUGUAGUGAUGCACACGAUGAGAGCCAUCGGGAACUUGUGCUUCGAGAACUCAGUGGCAAGAAAGCUGAUUGGCAGGAGAGGCCUGCAAGCGUUGAUCGAUAUCUUGAAGAAGCAAUUUGAUCCCGAGACAGUUGAUAACAAAACAGUUUGCAUAUGCUGCGGAGCCAUGAUGAACUUAGUCAUGUCAGAUGAUGAUUUGCUGAAAGCCUGCAUCGAGCUCCAAGUGGCCAAACUGUUCGAGACUGUGAUCAAGCACAACAUCGCCGAGUUCGAUACCAUGGAGAACACGAUCGGUCAUUUGAUAUUCGUGUUGAACAUGAUGUGCGAGCAUUUGAUCGAUGCAUGGUUGCCAUUGUCUACAGUUGAAGUUCUGGUUGAUGUCUUGAAGGUCUCCAUAAACCCAGAGAUAUCCUGCAUGUGCUUGGAGGUUUUGAGAAUUCAAUCAGAAAGCGAUGAAAUUAAACUGGCCUUGGCGCAUAAAGGAACUUGCGAAUUGGUUUAUGACUUGGUACAGAGGUACGGUUCUCAUGUGGACGAUGAAGGCAGCAGAUCCAUACUGAAGAUGGCCUGCGAUUUAAUAGUAGUAAUCUUAACUGGAGAUGCGUCCAUGGAAUUUCUGUACGAUAACGGCAAAGGAAAAGUGUACGAGCAGAUGGUGUUCUGGUUAAAUUCCGAAGAUGUCGAUCUGCUUAGUACGGGGAUUUUGGCAAUAGGGAAUUUCGCCAGGAACGAUAAGCAUUGCAUCCAAUUGGUGGACGAUGGUUUGGCGAAGAAGUUGCUCGGCAUCCUCAAGUAUUAUUCGAACGAUGCCGAUACUAAAGUGCAGCACGCUCUUCUGAGCACUCUGAGAAACUUGAGCAUUCCGUCUGAGAACAAGUCGAAGCUUUUAGAUGAAAACUUGGUGGACAUUCUGCUGUCGAUGUUGAACAUCAAUCAGUCACCAGUUGAAUUCAAGCUUUUGGGUACUUUGCGUAUGGUCGUCGAUGGACAAGAGAAAACCGCGGCGGAAUUGAUCGAGCGCACCGAUUUCGUUGGGAAAUUGGUGGAUUGGUGUUACUCCGAGCAUCUGGGUGUCAGAGGCGAAGCGCCGAGGCUUCUCGCCUGGCUCAUAAAGAACUGCCACUCCCCGACAUCGUAUCCGUCGGUGCUCAGGAUUCCGAAAUCGGUGAAAUGCUUGGUGGAGAUGAUGUGCUCCAUGCAUCCGGUCAUGCAGAACGAAGCUCUCCUAGCUCUGAACCUGCUCUGCGCCAGCUGUCUCACCGGAUCCACCAGUUUAGAUGUGAUGCUCUUGGAAGCAGACAUCUGCAAGAACAUAAGCUUUAUGCUGGACAAGUACGGCGAGAAGUUCCAGGAGGAAACGGUAAGCAACAUAAUGACCUUACUCGAUCAGAUGGCACGCAACAAGAUGCUUCUGGCGGACAUAAGAACUUCCACCGUCUUGAACUCGUUGAGUAAUCUCGUGUCGUGCAACGAUCACAUAGAGUUGAUCGCGGAGAGGAUAAUCCGUUACAUCGAUGAGUACCAUCCUAUCACAACAAAACGCCCUUAAUUCUUUAAAUCGUUCGCACAAAUCUCCAAUUAAUAUUAUUUCCAAUUAAGUCGUCAAUUAAAAAAAAAUACUACUUUCGAUCCUCGGAUGGGUUCCUAAAAAAAACAAAAAAAAACGCGGCCACCUCCCAAUUUUAAGAAGUAAUAAACAAAAAAAAAAAUCAGUAUUUUAAUUUUCGUUUCCUCAAAGAAAAUAUGUGCCAUUUCUAGUCUUACGAUACGAUUACAUAGUUAGAAUUGUCAGCUGUUUACGUGUACGUUCUUUUUUGUUUUUAAUUUUUAAUUGCUUGGAUAUUAAAAAAAACCAUAAUUAUUGGAUUCAUCGAUGAUUGAAGAUUAAACGAACGCAAGAAAACGCUUCUCUCUAUCUAUCUAUAUAUAUAUAUACAAUUAUUAGUAUUGCAUGUUGAAAUGAAAGCAGAUAUAUAUAUAUGUUAUUAGGUGGUAUUUUUUUUAUUUUGGAUGCAAAGUUUUCCUCUGUUAUUGUGUGUUUUUUUAUUAAUAGAGGAGAUACAUUGCGUCGUGUACGUUGACCGAUUUAGUUACCAAUUUGAAUGUACUUUUAUCGAAGAUAUUAAAAUUAACUGAGAUAUUUAGCAUUUAGGGAUGGAAAUACGCUACAUAAAGAAGUAAUAUAUAUAUUAUAAGUUAAAGGAAUGUCAUUUUAUUGACUUCCGCCUCACUAUUCCAUAUAAGUAAAUCGAAGAUCUGCACUCUAUUCCAUUCGCAAAAGAAAAGAAAAAAACCGGUCGUUUCUAUACCAUUUUUUAAAUGUAUUUUACAAUUCGUGUUUAUAGCGUGUACCUUUUGGAUAUAUACUACGAAUAAAGUCAAAAUUAAGUAAAA